UACUAGGCGGCAUAGUUUUUGUAAACCAGCAUCUGCAGUUUCUUGUUUAGUUUUUUAGCUUUAUGGUGAGUGGGACAUAGUUUAAAGGAGACCCAGUGUGGUUUACAUAGUGGGUGGUGGGUGCCUGGAACGCACUGCCAGGGGUGGUGGUGGAGGCAGAUACGGUAGUGGCGUUCAGGAAGAUUUUGGAUAGGCACAUGCGAAUGAAGGGGAUGGAGGAUUGUGGAUUAUGUGCGGGCACUAGGAAUUUGGCUUGGAAUCAUGUUCGGCACAGACUUUGUGGGCCGAACAGCCUGUUGCUGUGCCGUACUAUUCAUUGGGUAGGGAGGAACUACACAAUGCUUGUUUUCACCGAAGUUAGGCACAAAAAGCUGGAGCAACUCAGCGGGUCAGACAGCGUCCCCGAAGAAAAGGAAUAGGCGACGUUUAGGGUUGAGACCCUUCUUCACACUCGUACUGUACUGUUUUCUAUACUCAAUGUUCCCCGGUAAAAAGCUACGCCGCCGGCCUUUCUCCGGGUUCUAUGGGUCGAAGAAAUUGACACGUUUUGGGAAAGAAACGAUGAUCACGCGGAUUGCCGAGAGCGAAGGAGAGCUUCAUCCCCGUGAAGCGAACGCGGAGAUUGGUGCUGCGAGUGCGAGCAACCUUCCCCAAACAAUGAAGGAUUCGCUCAGUGGUCUCAGGCGCCCGAGCAGCCAAUCUUCACAAAGCGCCGCGCUUCACUCGCCCUUCAACUGGGUGGCUGGCUGUGUGUUCACAAGCCCCUCACUCCUGAGGAGACGUAUUGACGACGGCGUUUAGCUGCGGAUUUCCGUGCUUUAGAACCGCCGGGGCGAUUUGCCACAUCCGAACAUUGUUGGCCCCAGUUUAUUUAGGAGAAAUAACCUAUUGAACCCAGUCCGCGUUGGAAUUCGCUCAACCCUAGCUACCAUCAAACCAGGUUUCCAAGGAUUAACAGCCGUAUUGCUGCCUUCGUUUCAAGAGGAAAAUGACAGUUCACGUCGAUGGGAUCGUAGCGAUCGUUAUCUUUUACAUGCUGAUCUUAAUUGUUGGAUUAUGGGCUGCUUGGAAAAGUAAAAACUCGCCCACGUUAGGGACCAUGGAUCGGAGUGAAGCCAUCAUGAUCGGAGAAAGAGAUAUCGGAUUACUGGUCGGUGGCUUCACUAUGACCGCGACCUGGGUUGGAGGUGGAUAUAUCAAUGGCACGGCGGAAGCGGUGUAUGUCCCUGGUUACGGAUUGGCGUGGGCACAGGCUCCAUUCGGAUACGCGCUCAGUUUAGUUGUAGGAGGCUUAUUCUUCGCCAAACCCAUGCGCUCACGGGGUUACGUGACCAUGUUGGACCCCUUUCAACAGAUCUACGGCAAGCGAAUGGGAGGACUGCUCUUCAUACCCGCUCUCAUGGGAGAAAUGUUUUGGUCUGCAGCCGUACUGUCCGCUCUAGGUGCAACCUUGAGCGUGAUUGUGGACAUCAACAUUAAAUUAGCAGUGAUUAUUUCCGCCGUGAUCGCUAUAUUCUACACUCUGGUCGGCGGAUUGUACUCGGUCGCGUAUACAGAUGUCGUCCAGUUAUUCUGCAUCUUCGUGGGUUUGUGGAUCAGCAUUCCUUUCGCCAUGCUAAACCCUGCAGUCACAGAUAUUGCCAUAACGGCAAAUCAUGAAGUUCACCAGGCCCCUUGGUUAGGAACGAUAGAUCCGAAGGACAUUUUAAUCUGGAUGGACAACUUCCUGCUGCUGAUGCUGGGUGGAAUCCCGUGGCAGGUAUAUUUUCAGCGAGUCCUUUCCGCUUCCUCUGCUACCUACGCACAAGUGCUGUCCUUUCUGGCUGCCUUCGGCUGUAUUGUCAUGGCCAUCCCGUCUGUUCUAAUUGGCGCAAUUGGAGCAUCCACCGACUGGAAUCAGACUUCCUAUGGUUUGCCUGACCCGAAAAGCGAGAACAAGACAGAUAUGAUUUUGCCAAUAGUGCUGCAGCAUCUAUGUCCUUCCUACAUAUCCUUUUUCGGUCUUGGUGCUGUCUCUGCUGCAGUGAUGUCAUCGGCUGAUUCUUCUAUUUUAUCAGCAAGUUCGAUGUUUGCUCGGAAUAUUUAUCAUCUUGCUUUCAGACAAGAGGCUACAGACAACGAAAUUGUGUGGGUAAUGCGAAUCACCAUAUUCAUAUUUGGAGGAGCUGCAACAGCUAUGGCAUUGCUGGCUGACUCAAUCUACGGCCUCUGGUUUCUGAGCUCAGAUCUUGUCUACGUUAUUAUCUUUCCUCAGUUAAUAUCAGUGCUCUUUGUCAAGGGAACAAACACGUAUGGGUCCAUUGCUGGAUAUAUCAUUGGCUUUUUGCUUCGAAUUAGUGGUGGUGAACCAUAUUUACACAUGGAGCCAUUUAUUUGUUACCCUGGAUGCUAUUUAGAGCAUUCCUUUGGAGCAGACCCUGUCUACGUUCAAAGAUUUCCCUUUAAAACAAUGGCAAUGUUAUUCUCCUUCUUGGGCAACCUUGGUGUUUCAUAUCUCGCCAAGCACCUAUUCGAAAGUGGAAUAUUGCCUCAAAAAUUUGACUUCCUUGACAGCGUUGUGUCACAACACAGUAAAGAAAACAUGGACAAAACCUUAUUGGUGAAUCAUGACAAUAUUACUUUGUCAGAGCUGGUACGUGUUAACCCAAAACACAGUGCUUCAGUUAAUACUUUCACCAAUAAGGAAGCAUUUGAAGACACUGAGCCAAUUCCUGAAUUUUCUAAAUCAGAAAAUGAUUGAUGCUAAAUCCUUCAUCUUUACAGUGUGCAGUGCAAUUAUAGGCAAUCAAGGGCAGUACAUUAACAAUACUAACUAAGGGAGCAUUUUUAGCAGGUAUCAAUAUUUUUAGCAAAGAAAAUUGUCUAUAUCAGUGCUUUACUGAUGAUUGUUCCCUUAAAUACUGUUGUACAGUAUUGUUUUAAUUCACACAUGUGAAAUCAAGUUGAGCUAUAAUUUUUGAAUCUCAAUAUAUUGUGGACUCUAGCUACUUCUCUAUUGGCACAGUACAGAUAACUAAUGCCAUCAUUUAUGUGAAGAGUGUGGUAUUGUGUGGCUUUAUGUAACUGGUGUUAGGAAUUCAUUGCUGCUAUGGUUUCUCCAAUGAAAGAAUUAGACUCAGCAAGUCAUGAUCUCAA